ACUAAUAUAAUGUUCUCCUUGUUAUCCGUCGGUUGGGGAUUAAUGUCGGACAUCGAUAUAGAAAGUGAAAAACUUCGUUCAAUAGGAGGCCAAAGAUUUACACUGUGGGCUCUCGCGAGAACCGUCGCACUUAGGAAAUACAGAGGUGUGCUGAGCUACGCCUUGAUUAAAGAUAUCGGUAAUCUACCUAAGCCCAAAGCAACUGUCUUCGGGCGAAGUAUAAGUCAAGAUGGCGCCCUGGAUUCCCCUGAAACUGAAGCGUUCUUCGACUGUGAUGAACAAACUGAAACGUUCAUGAGCACAGCGAAUGGAAAGAAACACCAUAGAGUAGACUCUUGGUACUCUGUACAUUCGAGGAAUACGUUUUACAGCGUUCGCGGUUCGGAUUACCACAGUACGGCAAGCGCUGGUUCGGAAUUACGGUCGCCUGUCCAAGAACGAAUGUACGGGCCGGCUUCACACCUACCCUCACUAAUGUCAGAACUACCCACCCACUGGGUGCAAGAACAUGGCGAAUUCGUCAUGGUUCACGUUUCAUAUCAAUCUCAUAUAGGCGAAGACUUCCUAUUCGCACCUCACUCCCAACUGGCUGAUGGAGUUAUGUGGAUGCUUAUAAUCAAGGCUGGCAUAACGAGAUCCCAAAUAUUUUCGUUUCUUUUAAAAGUGUCUCAGGGUAACAUAGCCGAUAUAAACAAUCAGUACAUAAAGAUGGUUCCAGUGAGUGCAUUCAGGAUAGUUCCCGAGGGUGAAACGGGUUACAUUACAGUAGACGGGGAACUGGUGGACUAUGGUCCUAUCCAAGCAGAAAUCUUUCCUAAUAUUGUAAAUAUCCUUGUACCCAAUACCAAAUAACCUCUAGUAGUAAUAGUAGAAAGUAAACUCGACUGAAACAGUCGCUGAGAAAACCGAGCCGACGCGAAACUGUUGUGCAAUAAAUGAGGCAUUUGUUUCAUAUAUACCUAAAAGGUUGUGUCAGAUGCUAUAUCAAAAUUAUGUCGAUGUUUUUCUAUGUUAUUUAAUUUUACGUUAAAUAACUUGUGAUAUUGAGAGUA